AUGACCCUACGGUAUUCCUUAAUCAAAAGGUUUAACCAGACAAAGCCAUUCUAUGUCACAACACCAAUCUUUUACGUCAAUGCGUCUCCACACCUUGGUCAUUUAUAUUCAAUGCUAAUAGCAGAUACACGAAGUAGAUGGGAAAAAUUAAAUCCGAAAAAUUCAUCAUAUAUGUUAACAGGUACUGAUGAACAUGGAUUGAAAAUACAGACAGUUGCAGAAAAACAAGGGAUUGAUCCUAAAUUAUUAUGUGAUCAAGUUUCUAAAAAUUUCAAAGAUUUAAGUAACAAAUUUAAUAUUGAUUAUGAUAGAUUUAUAAGAACUACUGAUCAAGAUCAUAUAAAAGUAACUCAUUAUUUUUGGAAUAUCAUGAAAGAGAAAGGAUUAAUUGAAAAGGGGUCACAUAGUGGUUGGUAUUGUGUUAGUGAUGAAACAUUUUAUCCUGAGGCAAAUACAGAAGAAAUUGAAAAAAAUGGUAAAACCAUACGAAUAUCUUCAGAAACUAAGAAUGAAGUAAUAUAUCAAGAAGAAACAAAUUAUUUUUUUAAAUUAUCAGCAUUUCAAGAUCAAUUAAUCAAGUAUUUAAAAGAAAAUCCAAAUUUCAUAAAACCAACUCAUAGGUAUAAAUUCAUAUUAAAUGAAUUAAUGACUACAAAAUUACCUGAUCUUUCAAUUUCAAGACCUUCAUCAAGAUUAAAAUGGAGUAUAGAAGUUCCAAAUGACUCAACUCAAAAAAUAUAUGUUUGGUUUGAUGCAUUAUUAAAUUAUCUUACUGCGACUGGUUUCCCCAAUGGGUUUGAACAAGAUUCAAAAUAUGUUACUCCUAAAAAUAAUUUAUGGCCAGCAACACAUAUUAUAGGAAAAGAUAUUAUUAGAUUUCAUUGUAUAUAUUGGCCAAUUUUUUUAUUAGCAGCAGGGAUAGAAUUACCAAAACAAAUUAUAGUUCAUUCACAUUGGUUAUGUGAAGGUUUUAAAAUGAGUAAAAGUUUAGGAAAUGUAGUUGAUCCAAUUGAAAUGAGUGAAUUUUAUGGAAUUGAUUCAAUUAGAUUUUUUUUAAUUGAAAAUUCAAAUAUUGAUGAUGAUUGUAAAUUUAGUGAAAAUUUAUUAGAAAGAUCAAGAGAUUCAUUAUUAGGAAAAUAUUGUAAUUUAUUAUCAAGAAUUGGUGGAAUUAAUUUUAAUAUUGAAGAAUCUGUACAAUAUUAUAAAAAUAGUCAAUUUAAUGAUAUUAAAACAUUUAUUAAAAAUAAUAGUAUUAAAAAAGAAAUUGUACCAACAAUAUUACAAAUAUCUAAUGAAUUACAAGAAAAUCUUAAUAACUUAUAUGAUAACAUGAAUCAAAAAAUAAUCGAAUUUGAUUAUAUACGUGCAAUUCAAUUAUGGUGGCAAGUUAUAAAUCAAGCAAAUCAAUUAUUUCAAAUUUCAGAACCUUGGUUAUAUGUAAAAGCUUUAAAUUCAAAUACAAAUCAUCAAUCUAGCAGGCUAGAUCCAGAAAUGAUUAAAAAUUAUAAAAAAUUAAUUAAUUAUUAUGUUUAUUUAUGUUCUGAAACAAUUAGAAUCUCAUCAAUUUUAAUUCAACCAAUUAUUCCAAGUUUAUCAAAUGAUAUAUUGAAUAGAUUAAAUGUUGAACCAAGCAAAAGAAAUUCAAAUUUUGUUAAAAUUGGGAAAGAUUUGAACUAUGGUAAAGAUGCUAAUUCAAAAAUUCAUAAAUUACCUUUACAAAAAUUAAAGUCUCGUAUAAAGUAG